AAAACAACUUAUACAUCUCUUGUUCGUAAAAGUCUGCUGGAGCCUGCAAAUAAAUUUCAACAUUUUCUCUCUCUUUGGAACGUUCUUUCUAUGGAAACCUAACCAUGAUUACGUACCCACCCAUUAUUUAAUUCGUUUUGGGUUUUCUUUCAAUCAUUCAAGAUUGAAGGAACACGGGGAAAGAGACUUUCAAUUUUCAGUUUUUAAUAUUUCCCCAAAAUAAAGGGUUAGGGUUUCCAAUUUUUACAAAUUACAAAAUCCUGUUUUUUGUUCGAGUACUUUGAAAUUCAUGCAAGUUUUGUGUCUGGUGUGUUGUUCCUGAAUCAAAUCGAAGAAAAGAAUUUGAUUAAUUUUUCUUCUUUUGUGUGUUUGGGAAAAAUGGAUUUGGGGAUUUCUGAUGAGAUGUUAGGGACUUUUGUUCCAAUUCUAGUUUAUUGGAUUUAUUCUGGUAUUUAUGUUGUUUUGGGAUUGUUUGCUGAAGAUUAUAGGUUACAUACAAAACAAGAUGAGGAUGAAAAGAAUUUGGUUUCUAAGAUUGAUGUUGUUAAAGGAGUUCUUCUUCAACAAGCAGUUCAGGCUGUGGUUGCAACUCUUUUGUUUGCUGUGACAGGAAGUGAUAGCCAAAUUAGUACCAACGAGAACACUUCUCUCCUUGUUUUAGCAAGACAAUUUGUUACUGCUAUGUUGGUAAUGGACACAUGGCAAUACUUUAUGCACAGAUACAUGCAUCAGAACAAGUUCCUAUACAAACACUUUCACUCUCUACAUCACAGACUCAUCGUACCCUAUUCGUUCGGAGCUCUGUACAAUCACCCCGUCGAGGGGCUUCUCAACGACACCAUAGGCGGGGCUUUAUCUUUCCUCCUUUCUGGUAUGAGUCCUCGAGCAUCCAUCUUCUUCUUCUCCUUUGCCACCAUUAAAACUGUUGACGACCACUGCGGGUUAUGGCUCCCCGGCAACCUAUUCCAAAUGUUUUUCAACAACAAUUCUGCUUACCACGACGUACACCAUCAACUCUACGGCAAUAAGUACAACUUCUCACAACCAUUCUUUGUUAUGUGGGACAAAAUGUUGGGUACCUACAUGCCAUACUCAUUGGAGAAGAGGUCAAGUGGGGGUUUUGAAACUAGACCCUGCAAAGAUUACAAAGAUGAAUGAGUAAUUAACCUUUUCUGCUUGAUGAGUAUUCUUUAUGUGUACCAGUAUUGUUUUUUUUCCACGUUAUCAUGAUGAGAGUGACCAUGCCUGUAUAUACGUAUGUGUCUUAUUCUAUAUUUUUCUUUGGUUUAUUUAUGUUCAUACUAGAUAGUUUUAAUAAAGAAUAUUGAGGAGCAACCUAUUAAAGUGUUUUUUACCCUUGUAUUGCUGGCUGCUAUAGCAAUUUUUGUUUUGAAUAGACAAAUGUUGGUGUAUUAAUUGCUAUAUUAUGUCAAUAUUGUAUUGUUCACCA